AUGUGGCCACUGCUGCCCACCUUCUUGACGUUUUUUCAGUAUACCGUGGCCCUCGAGACGACACCUAGAGUCACAAUGGCUCCCCCGGAGGAGUUCAAUCUUCACGUUCCUGACUCCAGGAUCGAAGAUUUCGCAUCGCUCCUCUCUGCUUCGAAAAUCGGUCCCGAAACCUGGUACAACAAACACAACAAGAAAGAAUUUGGCACUACCAGGAAUUGGCUCGCUGAAGCAAAAGAUGCUUGGCUUGAGCUUGACUGGCGAAAGCAAGAAUACCGCAUUAACAGCUUCCCCAACUUCAACAUCACCAUUGACGACGUCGAUGUUGGGCCAACAAACAUCCAUUUCGUCGGUCUUUACUCCAAAAGAAGCGAUGCCUUACCGCUACUCUUUCUGCAUGGGUGGCCCGGGUCUUUUCUCGAGUUCCUUCCAUUGCUUGAGAUUCUGAAAAGCAAAUAUACCCCAGAUACUCUUCCUUACCAUGUCGUUGUUCCCUCUCUGCCGGACUAUGGGCUUUCCGGUGGGCUAGUCGAUACUGAACUCAAGCUUGAAACGGCGGCGAGGCUGAUGAACGAGCUCAUGGUCACUCUUGGCUUCGACUCAGGCUAUGUUGCCCAGGGCGGUGACAUCGGGAGUUUCCUCACCAGAAUUCUGUCAGCGAAUCAUCCACAGUGCAAGGCCUUCCACAUUAAUAUGCUUGCUCCAUCAUCCCAGAACGAGCUUCUUACUACGGUCAACAUCACCGAAGCUGAGGCACAGCACGUACAACGAAUGCUGAACUUCAGCGCUACCGGGUCGUCGUAUAUUCUCGAGCAUGGUCUAAGACCCUCGACAAUUGGCCUCGUUCUAUCAUCAAGUCCACUUGCCAUGUUGGCCUGGAUUGGCGAAAAGCUUCUCGAGUGGCCCGAUUCCCGUUAUCCACUUCCUGUUGACACAAUUCUCACAAUGGUGAGCUUUUACUGGUACACAGACACGUUCCCACGAAGCAUGUAUCCCUAUCGAGCUCUUGCGGACGCAGCAGCAGCGAAUGCUCUCUUUUCUGUUCCAACAUCUAAAGAAAAGCCAUUCGGCUAUUCGGUGUUUCCGGCAGAGAACAUUCUCUUGCCGAAAGCGUGGGCUGAGAAGGCCUAUCCAAAUCUUGUCUUUUACAAGCGCAAUGACAAGGGGGGGCAUUUUGCGGCAUUGGAGCAGCCUAGCAUCUUCCUGCAGAACAUUGAAGAGUUUCUAGCGGUUGCUCGACCACUUAUUGGACUUUGA